CCUCGCGCUCCGCGACGCGACGGUCGGGAAUCUCAGUACUGGAGGCGGCGGGGUUUGUGAGGAUGUUGCGGCCUGACGGCACGGCAACCUCGCCUGGCGCCCCGGCGUCUUCCCCAUCGCUAGGGGCGUGGUCACAGGGCCCCCGUUAUAAUUUCGGACUUCAGGAGACCCCUCAGCGCCGUCUGGCGGCCCGGGCCGCGGCGCCCAUCACUCUCGACACGUCGGGCGCGGCCGCCGACCGCAGCAGCAGCAGCAGCAUCCCUGGCCGCCCGCCCAGCGCCGGGCUCGCUCGAGGUUCAUACUUUGGAAACAAAAGAUCUUAUGCAGAAAACACAUUUGCAUCAGAUUUUACUCUUGGCACAAGCUCAUCUUCUGUACGAGAUAGUAAUUACCCUCAGAUCCUAAAAACUCCAUUGUCUGCUGAAAAUGCCCAGAGAUCAGCGUAUAAAACUUGGACACCACAAAUGGGAUAUUCAGCUACAUCCUCAUCUGCAGUUUCUGCACACUCUCCAUCAGUUAUUGUAGCUGUUGUAGAAGGAAGAGGACUUGCCAGAGGUGAAAUAGGAAUGGCAAGUAUUGAUUUAAAAAGUCCACAAAUUAUAUUAUCUCAGUUUGCAGACAACACAACAUAUGCAAAGGUUAUUACUAAACUCAAAAUUUUAUCACCUUUGGAAAUAAUAAUGUCAAAUACUGCAUGUGUUGUGGGGAAUUCAACCAAGUUGUUCACAAUGAUCACAGAAAAUUUCAAGAUAGAUUACCUCUAUGAGGUUUUAAAGAUGAUUGCUGUUGCCUGUGGACUGAUGUCAUCCCAGCUUAGUCAACUCAAAGAUAAGAAUGUUAAUUUCACUACUAUCCAAAGGAAAUACUUUAAUGAAACAAAAGGAUUAGAGUAUAUUGAACAGUUAUGCAUAACUGAAUUCAGCACUGUCCUAAUGGAGGUUCAGUCCAAAUAUUACUGCCUUGCAGCUGUUGCAGCUUUAGUGAAGUAUGUUGAAUUUAUUCAAAAUUCAGUUUAUGCACCAAAAUCCCUGAAGAUCUGUUUCCAAGGUAGUGAACAGACAGCCAUGAUAGAUUCAUCAACAGCCCAAAACCUUGAAUUACUAAUUAAUAAUCAAGAUUGUAGGAGUAAUCAUACUCUCUUUGGUGUUCUAAAUUAUACUAAGACUCCUGGAGGUAGUAGAAGACUUCGCUCUAAUAUAUUGGAACCUCUUGUUGAUAUUGAAACCAUUCACAUGAGAUUAGAUUGUGUUCACGAAUUACUUCAAGAUGAGGAACUCUUUUUUGGACUUCAGUCAGUUAUAUCAAGAUUUCUUGAUACAGAGCAACUCCUUUCUGUUUUAGUCCAAAUUCCAAAGCAAGACACGGUUAAUGCAGCUGAAUCAAAGAUAACAAAUUUAAUAUACCUAAAACAUACAUUGGAACUUGUGGAUCCUUUAAAGGAUGCGCUGAAGAACUGCAAUACACCUUUAUUAAGAGCAUACUAUAGUUCCUUGGAAGACCAGAGGUUUGGAAUCAUACUUGAAAAGAUUAAAACAGUAGUUAAUGAUGAUGCAAGGUACAUGAAAGGAUGCUUGAACAUGAGGACUCAGAAGUGCUAUGCAGUAAAGUCUAACAUAAAUGAAUUUCUUGAUAUAUCUAGAAGAACAUAUACAGAGAUUGUAGAUGACAUAGCAGGAAUGAUAUCGCAACUUGCAGAAAAAUACAGUCUUCCUUUAAGGACAAGUUUUAGCUCUGCUAGAGGAUUUUUCAUCCAGAUGACUACAGAUUGUGCAGCCCUACCCAGUGAUAAACUUCCUUCAGAGUUUAUUAAGAUUUCUAAAGUGAAAAAUUCUUACAGCUUUACAUCAGCAGAUUUAAUUAAAAUGAAUGAACGAUGCCAAGAGUCUUUGAGAGAAAUAUAUCACAUGACUUACAUGAUAGUGUGCAAACUACUUAGUGAGAUUUAUGAACAUAUUCAUUGUUUAUACAAACUCUCUGACACUGUGUCAAUGCUGGAUAUGCUGCUGUCAUUUGCUCAUGCCUGCACUCUUUCUGACUAUGUUCGGCCAGAAUUUACCGAUACUUUAGCAAUCAAGCAGGGAUGGCAUCCCAUUCUUGAAAAAAUAUCUGUGGAAAAACCUGUUCCCAACAAUACCUAUAUUACGGAAGGGAGUAACUUUUUGAUCAUAACUGGGCCAAAUAUGAGUGGGAAAUCCACAUAUUUAAAACAAAUUGCUCUUUGUCAGAUCAUGGCCCAGAUUGGAUCAUAUGUUCCAGCAGAAUAUGCUUCCUUUAGAAUUGCUGAACAGAUUUUUACAAGAAUCAGUACUGAUGAUGAUAUUGAAACAAAUUCAUCAACAUUUAUGAAGGAAAUGAAAGAGAUAGCAUAUAUUCUACAUAGUGCUAAUGACAAAUCAUUGAUAUUAAUUGAUGAACUUGGCAGAGGUACUGAUACAGAAGAAGGUAUUGGCAUUUGUUAUGCUGUCUGUGAAUAUCUACUAAGUUUAAAGGCAUUUACACUCUUUGCUACUCAUUUUCUGGAGCUAUGCCAUAUAGAUGUCAUGUAUCCUAACGUAGAAAACAUGCAUUUUGAAGUUCAGCAUGUAAAGAACACCUCAAGAAAUAAAGAAGCAAUCUUGUAUACCUACAAACUUUCUAAGGGACUCACAGAAGAAAAAAAUUAUGGUUUAAAAGCUGCAGAGGUGUCAUCACUUCCUCCUUCAAUCAUCUUGGAUGCAAAAGAAAUCACAACUCAAAUAACUGGGCAGAUUUUGCAAAACCAAAAGAGUACCCCUGAGAUGGAAAGACAGAGAGCUGAGUACCAUCUAGCUACUAAACUUGUUCAAAUUGCUCGAAACUCUCAAUUGGAUCCAGAUAGUUUACGAACAUAUUUAAAUAAUCUCAAGAAGAAGUAUGAAGCAGAUUUUCUCAGGGUUGAACAAGUUUCAGGAAGCACUGAAGAAUAAUAAUUCAUAUCUCUUACUAAUGAAAUAAUAUAUCUUAAUAUGAGGAACUUAGAAUUUAUUUUUCUUGAAAGUAAAAGAAAAUAUUUGCUAAUUUUUGUAAUUGAAAAUUAUAUUAACCAGUUAUAUAGAGAAUUGUCAUUUACAUAUUUUAUAUAAGAAAAAUAUUAUGGCAAUUAUUUUUUGCCUAUUAAAUAGUGAACACUGUUUAACUCAUGGUUAUGUUAGAAAAAGUCAACAUGACACUUUUUUCUCAUUUAUGAAAAUUUAUGUUAUUAAGUGUUAUACUUACGAGUUAUAGUUUAAAAUGUAUAUUCUUAAGCUUUAACAACUUUUUCUCAAGGCUGGAAACUUUUGUAAGUUUUUCUACUAUAUUGUAUUCUAAGGCAAUAAUAUCCUUGAUAAUUUCUGAAAUUAAUAUCACCAAAUUCCAAUGCCUCUGAAGUUAUCCAAAGGCCUCUGAAGUUCUUUAAAACAAUGUUGGGAAUUAUAAGGGCUUUUUUUUUUUUUUUUGACAUUCAGUAUGGUUCUAAUAAGUGAAAAUAUUUUAUGAUACAGAGUGCGCUUCUGGAAAAGGGAGUCACCAUUAUCUACGCUUUCAAUUUUCCAAAUACUUGGGUAUUCCAUUUUUUACUGAGGAAUACCUUCUCUAUUCCAAGUAUUCAUUUUUGGCCAUCUUCUUUAGGCAAUUAACAAAGACAGAAAAGUAAUAUUCUCAAGGAAUUUUUAUAGAAUUACAUUUUAAUGGGCACAUAGUUUACAUACCAUUUCAAAUUUAUGCAUAGAUCAUUCUUGUUUUCUAAAUGGACAAAAUAAAAUGGAAUACCACUAGUUCUGAAGUGUAAGUCUUCUCAAACUUAACCCUAUUUCUACAGUUCCAUCUCAGCAGAUGAUUUAUACACAUAAUCUCAGCCCACUGGGAAAAGAUAAGGAAAUUAGUCUUUUCUUAGACAACUAAAUAACUCCUAGUCAAGGCGUACAUUCUCUAAGCUGUAGUAUUUGGCCAAAUUUAUUUUUUACUGAUUGCAUGGGCCUCUACUUUUGAUUAGCAUGUGCAUAUUUUAUUUUACCAAAUUUAAUGUUAUUCUUUUUUUUUACUUUAAUUCUCAGCAUUCUAAGUACACAUUAGUACUCAUAUAUAUUGAAAUAUAUUUUGAAUUAUAUACAUAACAUUUUGGUAAAUUCUGUGUGAAUUAGUGUUAAUAUUUACAUUUGAUGUAUAGUAAGUGUCCUGUUAGACUACUUAUAAUCCCUAUUUCAUGUUUUAGAGAUACCACAGUAUUUAAAUUUGACCACUAAACACAUUUUAAUUCACAGCAACUGAAUCAUAUUUUAUGUGGUCAUUUUUAAAAGCAGUUAGAUAAUUUAGGCUUGUGGUAAAUUUCUAAAAGGCUCUGAGGAGGAAAGGAACAUUGUAGAUUGGGAGGUCAGGGAAGAAAAGGGACAAAACAGCAAAAGACAGAAGGGAAUCAAGCAGUGGAAGAAAAACAGGCAAGCGGUGACAGAUGCAAAGCAUCAAAUACACUGAAUAUCAUCUCAAAUGUAUUAACUUCCUUUUAGAUUUAACCCAAUGUUAAAUUUUACCAGACUUUUAAAUUUUUCAUCAUUUAGCACUUUUGAUGUAAAACCUGAAGCUCACUGAUUAAUCCCUUUCACUUCAGAUUUAGGACACUGAAAUAAAAAUAGGUUUAUGUUAUCUUAAAAUUAAAUUACUUUUUUCUUAAAUCAUUUUGUGUCUUGCAGAAACAUACCCAAAAGAAAAUCAAAUGAAGAUGUAAUUAUUAUGUAAUGGUAUUAUAGAAUAGAGGUGAAUAGAAGGGGGAGAAAAACCAUUCUUUAACUUUAAGGUCUAUUUGCUCUAUAUGUCAGUACCUCUUCGCCUUUGCCCUUCUCUAAAAUUAUAGAUCAUUAUCUCAUAAUCCACCCUUUUAAGAUAAAAUUCCAUAAUGUUUUCAUAAACAUCUUUAAUUUCCACCUCAAAGCCAUUUUUUCAGUUUGUUCCACCUUUUUCCUUGCAAGGUAAAUUCUUGAAUAAAGUAAUCUUUUUAAAGUCUAGGGGUAAGGUAUGUGGGGAUAGAAGUAAAAAGCAGUUUAUCCUCAUGGCUACAUUAGUUUAGAGUUUAUCUACAGAAAAAAUAACUUUCUUUGGUAUAUAGUUUUAUAUUUUAGCAUAUUUGGUGAUUUAUGUAACAACUAUCACAGGAUACUGAACAAUUUCAUCACCCCCUAAAGAUUCUCUUAGUAUUGUCUCUCUGUAGUUCAAUCCUUUCUUGAUCCCUAACCUUAAUUCAGCAAUCACUGAGAAUGGUUAAGCAUUCCUUUCCUAUUGUUUUUUUUCCAGGAGGUUCAACAUAUGCUAUCAUAAGGCAUUUAACUUUUUGAGGCUGACUCUUUUUACUCAUGAUAAUACAUUUUAGGUUAAUCCAUGUUAGUGCGCCUUUUUGUUUCUGACUAUAUUCCAUUGUUUAUAUAUGUGUAUAUGUACAGUGGUUUAUCUGCCUCACAAAUUGAAGGUCAUUUAAAUUUCUGUUUUUUGCUGAUUGUGAAUAAAGCUGUU